GUCAAUUCAAUUUAAAAUGUGGUUUUCUCAAGUUUUAAUAGUGCUUGCCGUUUAUUUAAAUGUUUCGUACACAUAUAAAUAUCAAUAUAUGCCCGUCGAUGAUGAUAUAUUCGCGAAAUGUCAGGAGCAAAGAAAUAACCAAUAUGACAUGAAUAGUCUAUUUGACUUCUCCGAAUGGACCUUAGAGAUGGCGGGAGAAUCAGUAAUUGGGUACGGAAAUGUGACUACUGUUUGGGAUGUUCAACCAACGGAUCGAAUACAGCUGGAUUUCCAAAUAUUUCAUUUGGAUAGGGGUACAUGGCAGCCAACUAUUUAUUCCAUGAAACUUCUAGACUUUUGUUCUCUAAUGUACGAAGAAAAUCAGUAUUGGUACAAAUUUUGGACACGUAACAUAAAGCAUAAGGACGUUGUAAAAUCCAAGUGUAUUAAUACACCAGGUGUAAGUAGUGAAUGUAAUUAAAAAUGAAUUAUU